UCCGACUCGAGACACGUGGCCAGGGCGUGGAGUGGAGGAGCGGUGGGAAGGCGUCAGUUCGCCAGCUGCGAGGCGAGGAAGAGAGCUUCAGUCCAGCAGUGAAGGCGUCCACCGUCGCACCAAGACUUCAGACAUGGGCCUGCGGAUUCUGGUGAAGGUGUGCAAGGUGGGGACUCUGCAGCGUUCCCUGGCCGAACGGGGGGCACAAUGGAUGCUUUGCCAGCGGAAUUUCUCCUCGACUAAGUCCAGGCAGACCCUGAAGCAGUCACCAAACGCUGUGCUGGACAAGACCCUGUUGAAUAGGUACCUUGCCCUACCCCAGCCCAGCGAGAAAGUGCAGGCCAAGUACAUAUGGAUCGAUGGCACCGGGGAAGGACUUCGCUGCAAGACCAGGACCCUCGACUUUGUGCCGAAGAGCCCCAAGGAACUGCCCAAGUGGACGUAUGAUGGGAGCUCUACCUAUCAGGCCGAAGGUGGUGAUAGCGACAUCUUCUUGUACCCUGUCGCCUUGUACCCUGAUCCCUUCCGCGGGGGCAACAAUAAACUCGUGCUUUGCGACACUUAUCACAGCGAUAAGACCCCUACUAAGUCCAAUAAGAGGUUCAAGGCUAAUGAGGGGAUGGAGAAGGUUAAGGAUGUGGAACCUUGGUUUGGGAUUGAACAGGAGUACACGUUCCUGGAUUUUGAUGGCAGACCUUUCGGCUGGCCCAAAAAUGGAUUCCCUGGGCCCCAGGGGCCCUAUUAUUGUGCAGUUGGGGCGGAUAAGGUGACUGGUAGGGAGAUCGUCGAGGCCCACUACAGGGCUUGCCUUUACGCGGGGAUUAACAUAUCCGGGACCAACGCCGAGGUGAUGCCCUCCCAGUGGGAGUUCCAGGUGGGUCCCAACCUGGGGAUCAGCGCCUGCGACGACCUCUGGGUAGCCAGGUUCAUCCUGCACCGCAUCGCCGAGGAAUACGGGGUAAUCGUGACCCUGGACCCAAAACCCAUAGACGGACCCUGGAACGGAGCCGGGGCCCACACGAAUUUCUCGACGAAAGCCAUGCGCGCGGAGAACGGCAUCGUGGAGGUGAAAAAAGCGAUUGAAAAGCUGAGCAAAACCCACAGCAAGCACAUCGAGGCGUACGACCCGAGAGGAGGGAAAGACAACGAGCGACGUCUGACGGGAAAAUGCGAAACGAGCAGCAUCCACGACUUCAGCCACGGGGUGGCCAACAGGAACGUCAGCAUCCGAAUUCCCCGUGGAGUCGCCGAGGCCAACAAGGGAUACCUAGAGGACAGGAGGCCCAGCAGCAACUGCGACCCCUACGCCGUCUGCGACGUCCUGAUCCGCACCUGCGUCCUAAACGAGUAGAAAGUGGGGGGAAACCGUGAUAACUGGUAUCGUUCACGACUCCCCGACCUGGAACACGUGGAAUUGGGAAGAACUGGUAAUAAGGAGGAGAGAAAAGGGGCUUCGAAGUUGCGAGGUGGAGGAGGAUGCUCCUGCGGCGGGCGCUGCCAUGUUGGACGCCAGUGGCGGCCCCGGGAGGGGGGCGCAGCGUACUAGAUGUUCAGUUUCUAUGUUUCCCAGCCGUUUUUAUAUGUUUUCGCGAGGUUUUUCGGGUUAUUGCCGAUACUGUUGCGGCGAAGGUUCCUUCGUAUUGUUUGUCGCGUGAGGAUCGUCGACAAAUUGGAGAUAGCUCUAUCGGUUUAUGGGGGAAUACGCCGGGGGCGACUGGUCGGCGUCAAUGUUCAAAGCAAUUUCAGGUUGAAACGUUCGAUCGCGGAUUUAUAACGGAAUUACUGCUCGUUGAUUUUCCGGUUAACCUCCGCGCGAGCCCCCGAUUCCGUGUAAAUUAAGUUUUGCAUAUUGAAAGGGGGGGAAAUUAUUAUUAUUUUUUCUUUUCUGUUAUCAUCUUCAUAUUUUAUUACGAGUUUCAUGGGGAUGUGAGGGUUAAGGCGAUUUAAAUUCAAUUCAGAUAUUUUUUUUUGUCCUUAUCUUCGCAAUUUAUAAUCCAAUGUGCAAGUAGAUUUCAUAUUAUAUCGAAUGUUAGACGCUCAGUACUUUAAGAUGUUACUUAAGGAGUAAUGCUUAUCUCACUUACAGAUAAAAUAUGUACCGAACGAAUCGCUAGAAUUUGACGAUAAGGCCCUUAUCCGAGCUUCAGUACUUCAGGAAAGAUUUAUGAAAGCAGACAUUAAUGAUAAAUGUUAUAUUUUUAUUAUAUACUUUUUUAAGCCAUUAUAGUUACGGAUAUAUUUUCUUACGCUACGUGUAUUUUCUUUUUCUAGCUUGGGUAUAUUGUUCCCAUUAAAUGCAAUUACUUUUUACGGUAAGCGGAAUGGUGGAAAAUUAAUUAUCUUGUUGAUAAGAAAUAUCGAUAAACGUGGGUCAUAAAGGUUCUUUUUAAUUGUUACAAUUUAUUAUACGGAAUCAAAGUGAAACGAAUGAUGGUAAUUAUAUGCGUAGCUUCACGUUUUGUUUUUUAUUUAUUUUUUUUAAUGACCUAAUUGAAAUGUUCAUUUAUUCUCACUUUCACUUUGAAGCGCUUGCAGUGUUAUCACUCGGUGAUAAAACUGUUAUUUUCUUCUCCGCGUUAUCAUGUUUGCCGUAACCCGCCUUUCGAUUACUGCAAUCAGUCCCGGCAUGUGUAAAGUAUUAGAUACGUAAUGAUAAACGUGAGUACAGCUGUUUACAGUAUCUUUUAUCAAUACGGUCUACAAAUAGCCUUCCUAUUUCACGUAAUCCACGUUUCGAAAAUGUUCCCUUCUCGGCGCUAAACAAUUUUCCAGGGGAAUAUAUCGGUUAAUUAAUUGUCGGUUACUUGCCAUCCUUUCAGUAAUUAACGUAAUUAUAUUUAGCUCCAUAUACUCUAUCGUGGAUUUAAUAUUACAAAUCUGUCCCGUAUCAGUAAAUCUCGCGGAAAAAAGUGCAACUUCCCGAAUAAAAUAAAUAUUUCAUAAA